AUGCUUAAAUCAACAUAUGCCGCACUUCCUCCAUUACCACCAGGAUGGACGGAACAUAAAGCUCCUUCAGGUCAUCUAUACUACUAUAAUGCAGAGACCAAAAAAUCUACCUACACUAGGCCGCAGGCGCCUGUUGCCGCUCCACCUCAACCUUCUCCGGUCGUUCCAGAUGCUGCUCACAACGCUCCAUUCCUUACGCCGGAUACAUUACCACCCUUUUCUUCAACGCCCUAUGGAGGAUUUGGCACUACGUAUCAAGGCGCCCCUCAUCAGGGGACUCCCCAUCAUGGACAAGCUCGUGGGGGUUUCCGUGGCGGAAAAGGCUAUCAAGACCGCAAACACCGCGGUCCGGAGGAUAGACCGAAAUCAAAACAUUCUAUACCUGGGUGUGCACCAUGGGUGCUUGUGAAAACGAAGCUUGGGAGGCGAUUCGUGCAUAAUACGGAGACCAAUGAAAGUUUCUGGAAGUUCCCUUCAGGUGUGUUGAAGGGUGUCGUCGAGUAUGACCGUCUAGAAAGAGAGAGAAAAGAGAGACGGGAACGCGGUAUUGAGAGUGAGGAAGAUGAGAAACCAGAGCCAGAAAAAGCCCCCUCCGGUAAAGUUGAGCGCGAACAGGCCGAACCUAGUGCUUCUCUGGGAGCUGGAGAAGAAAGCGACGAAUACGAAGAGGUGGAGGUGACAGACAGUGAGGGUGAAGGACAGCCUUCUAAACGACCAAGAACAGAGGAAGGAGGUGAUCAGCAACAGCCCCUGGAAUUCACCGAGGAUGAUAUUGAGUACCAACUCGCGGCAAUGGGUGAGGACUACGGGCUUGACCCCGGCGAAUACGGUGAACCGGGCGAGGAUGGCUGGGAAGAAGGUGCAGAAGGUCUUCCAUUGACAGAGGAAGAUGCAAUCGCCCUUUUCCGUGAUAUGCUCGACGAUUACCGCAUAAGUCCAUUUUCCACAUGGGAGAGGUUGAUAGAAGAAGGCAGCAUUAUAGAAGACAGCAGGUAUACCGUGCUUCCAAAUAUGAAAGCGCGACGCGAAGCUUGGUCUAACUGGAGUCGUGACCGCGUUCAAGUAUUAAAAGAACGCAAAGAGAAGGAAGAAAAGCAGGACCCCCGCAUCAAAUACCUUGCCUUCCUCCAGGAACGUGCGACCCCCAAACUUUACUGGCCAGAGUUCAAACGCAAGUACAGAAAGGAACCCGAGAUGAAGGAUUCUCAAUUAUCCGAUAAGGAUCGCGAAAAGUUUUAUCGUGACCUGAUCUCACGAAUUAAACUUCCAGAGAGCAACAGAAAGUCGGAUCUCUCUGCUCUUCUCAAGUCGAUUCCAACAUACGCCUUUAACCUGUCCUCAAGUCUGGAAACUCUCCCGCCAGCGAUCAUAACCGACCUUCGCUAUAUCGCACUCGCCCCCAAAGUGCGUGAUCCGCUCAUCCAAGCCUACAUUUCUACCUUGCCCCCCGCGCCUGAGGAAGAAAUGACCGCAGAGCAACGAGAGGAGCUUGAAAAGAAAAGAAUCGAGCGCGAGAAGCGCGAAAAGGCUCUUGCUGAACGUGAGAAACGGGUUCAGGAAGAGAAACGCAAGCAGCGAGGCAACCUUGUACGUGGCAAGCAUCUCCUGGAAGAAGGAGAGGCGGAAAUUGAAGAGGCCAUGAAGGUUGGCAAAAGCGGACUCCGAAGCUAUAUGGACGUGGAUAGUCAACCAGCAGCGGAGGGUGGAGAAAAGCAGGCGUGA